CACAAACCCGAAUAUAAAAUUAUAGUCUUCUGGCCGCAGCGUCGUCUCUUUUCUUCUUCAGUCUUGUGAAACUUCGGACAAGAAAACCCUAGGAAUCGAGAAAAUGCAGGAGAAGAAAGGGGAAACAGCCUCCAACAAAAAUCCUAAGAAGGCCAAUCUCUUGGAUCAUCACUCUAUCAAACACGUUUUGGAUGAAUCAGUUACCGAGGUCGUGACUAGCAAAGGAUAUCCGGAGGAUGUUAGGCUGAGUAACAUUCGGUUGUUUCUUGGGGCGAUCAUAAUUGUGAUCGCGCUUUUUGCCCAGUUUUACAACAAGAAGUUUCCGGAGAAUCGCAAUUUCCUCAUCGUAUGUGAUAUUCAAUGGGAUAUUGCAACUGAUUAUCUACCUGAAGGAAAAAAAUGCGAUCUUGUUCACAUAUCCUCCACCUAUUUAUUUGCUGCUUGUGGUGUUAUCGUAUAUUUUAAGAUGUUUGAUGUUGUUUUCUCCAUAUGGGGAUUCAUUGAUCAAGCUAUUGAGCUUCCUGAGCUAUUGUCUGAUAUGCUUACUAUCAAUUGUGGGUUAAGGCAUGUCAUUGCAGAUUUAUUGACCCUUUUGUUAUUGAGAUUUGCUGAAGUUAAGCGUAUUUAUUUGCUCAAGGUCAAGGCAAAGAUAGUUUUCGGGUUUGGUGCAAUUGGCACCAUUACAUCACAAAUUUUUAUUAAGAAUGCGAUUCCAUACAUGAGAUGUGGUGAAGCCUGGUUCCUCGUGUAUCUGUGGCGAGGCACAGAUGGUUUUUGUAUUGUGAUGAUCAUGAUGGUUUUUGUUACUAGAUCUUUUAGAGAAACUGAAAUAUUUAUGGCAUUUUCUAUUCUACAGGACUCUUUCAACUCGACUGGCUUAAUCAUAACUUCAAAGCUACCAAGAUUUUCAGAUUUAUACUCCCUCACCAUAGCUAGUGCAGACCCCAAAUCAAUAUCCGCAAAACCACCUGUUGAAUUCACCAAAAGCGUGACCCAGUGGUUCACCAAAGAUGGCGUUUUGGUAGAGGGUCUUUUCUGGAAGGAUGUCGAGGGACUAAUGAAUGAUUAUGCAAAAGAAAGUAAAAAGAGCAAGUAAUAUUCUGAUUUUUGGGACAUCAUUGUUGAGACCAAAUGUGGUUGCAUACAGUGUUACUUCGCAUAGAUGAUGUUUUUAAUUGAAACCAUAUUCUCGCUCUUACGGAUUUUGUAUCAAACUAAUUGAACUUUUGUGGUGGACUAAAUUACGAGCAAUGGUUCAACAACGUUUAUUUGAAUAAUUACUGUGUUCUCGUUUUCUAACUAUUAUAUCAUCU